GCUUCUCCAACCAACUCUCAUUCUAUCUCCUUCUCUAUCUCUUUUCUCUGGUCGCACUUCUUAGAACUUUGACUUCGCUUCUUUCCAACCUGCAGAUUCGAAAGCUGUCGUCCGCGCCUCCCUCCAUGUCCGGGUUCGUCCUUCAACUUUCUUCAGCCUCUACUUCAGCUUCGUCCUUCGCGCCCUCUUCCAUUGAUUUGGGCCUAGAUCGAACAUAAUCUAUCUAUACGUACUACUAUCAGCUCUAGCGCUCUUAUUGAAUUCCGUGAUACCCACUCUCCGAUUUCUCUCUCCCGGCUCGCAUACACAGACGCGCGCCCACCAUGGAUUUGCGCUCGAUGCUGAACAGCGAAACCGCUGGCAAUGCGAACAACCCUCCAUCCGACCCUCAGCAGUCGCCAUCGGCGCAAUCUACGCGAAAGCCUUCCGAUGCAGUCUACAGCCCGCGCGAACAAGUUCCUGCCGCGGCGCCCGCCUCCUCAGCAUCCUAUCCGGUCGGUGGUUUUCCCGGGGGCUCACUGCAACGAACUCAUGUCUCUCCCGAACGCACUUCCUCCUACGGCUCGCUUCAAUCUCCCUAUCAAUACCACCCCCCCGCUGGUCGCUCGGCUGGUGCACAAUCUGCGCGGGGUCAGAGCCCACAACCUGCCCAAUACGGCUCCUCGCGUGACUCCUCUUUCAAUGCCCCUCAACAGCGCUCGCAAUCCAUUCAGUCGGUGCUAUCCCACGACACGCCCAUGACGCAUCCAUCCCAUCCUAAGGAAAGCCCGUCGGCCGCAGGGAUUGCGCCUGGCUACCCUUCUCAACAAUUUUCACCCCCAGGACCCGGAUCUCUGCCUGGCACGCCGCGCGGGUCGACUGCUGCCUACCCUCAGCCAUCACCUUCCUCAGUUGCGCGGCCGCCCUCUUCCGGCCAAGAAGCGAGCUCGAACCGCGCCUCCAGUCCCUGGAUCGGCCAGGAAGCGUCGAUGCAAAUGUCUCCCACCGCGAUGCCUCGUCUGUCGCGUCCGCGAGACCAAACUCCUCGCCCCUACUCCGGUACUCAUGAACGAGGCGGGUCUGAAGACAGCGUGAGCCCCAAGACAACGCGAGCUCCGAGCUAUGCAGACUUGAGUGCACCCACCCAAUCCACGCCUGACCAGAAUGGAAUGACUGUUGCGGACGCACACGUUAACUCCAGUCCGCACGAACCCCCGAAACGGAAGCGGCGUCGCUUUGAUGUACCCCCGAUUUAUGCCAUGCGCCCGGAGCGCACCAAGGGCCGUGGCCCGAUCAUUCCGAAUCCCUUUCCUCCCAUCCCCAAGCAUGCCCGCGACAGCCCCGCCAAUCCAUGGUUGUUGCGCCAGCGGGCUGCCUCCGCCGCCCAAGGUCCUGCACACGCCGCCGCUGUACCCGUGUCCGUCAAAGCUCCGACCGAUAGUUUGCCCAGCAAGCCGGCUGUUCCGCCGGCCUCGCGUGCGCCUCCAACCCCGGCGCCAGUCGAGUCUCAGAAGCCGGGCAGUUUGGGCCCAUGGGAACCGUCUAUCACCGGAGCGUUUCCCUACGAAGAGGUCACUAAGCUUGUUUGUGACUUUCUCUUCAGGCAUGUCGUGGUCCGCAACGAUGCCAUCGCAGCUCCAGCGGGGGCUGCGGCAGCCGGACCUGCGCCCAUCAUCGAAGUUGAGGCCAAAUUAGGGCAGCUCAUUGAUAUGGACCGUGGAGAUCGGGUCCAGCUGCCCAUUUUGACCGAGACAGUCAUCAACAAGCAAUUUCCACGCUUCCGAACGGCGUUCGAAAGCAGCAUGACGGUGGCCCAACAUCGAGCGAUGAACAAUUUCCUCAACGAGGCAGUCAAAAGGUCCUUGGACCAAGCUGACCGCCCCCGCAUCCCCAUAUCCUACGCCCAUAAAAAGGAGCGCGACACCUUCUACGAAGUCUCUCCCCACGAACUCCCUCCAGUGAUCCGCCAGAAUUUGAAUCCCCGCCAUAAGCCCAAAGUCCGCGUGACCGUGGACCAACGCACCAACGAGGUCCUCGCCAAGAUCGUCAAAUGCCGCAUCGCGGACCUGGACGUGCACAGCCCGCACACCUGUGUCGACUGGCGUAUCAGCGUCAAUCUGGAAAUGAACUAUGACGGCGACGUGAGCCAGCUUACUGUCAUCGAUCCGGCACGCGGUCACGGUGGAGAUCGCAAUAAAGAUCGGAUGAGUUACCGCCAUCUGGCCUACCAGAUUGAUCUGACCCAGGUUGCUAAAUCUGAUUCCGCCAAAGGAGACUUCGAACACGAACUUGAGGUCGAAAUCUCCGCCGCCGAAAUCCGCCGCCAGGGCCAGAUGGCCAUGAACGGGGAGCCACAUCAGUACGAGGACCUGGUCAAGGGGUUCCUGGAUAAUGUUCGCGUCUUAGCUCGUCAAGUACCGCCCUAGCCAGCCUUUCUCACUUUAUCACUUUCUCUCCCCCAACUCCUUCGCCUCUUUCGUCUCAAGUUUCAUUCAACAUGCAUAUAAUGAAAUCUGUCACGCACACAUUGGAAUUCAGGGGACCUUUUGAGCGUCACAAUGGCGAUGGAGAGGACCCUCUUUUACCUUUUUAUGGAAAUGACCCGCGUGUGUUAUUCUUACAUCAUCUCUUACUGUAGGUUUUUUUUUUCCCUUCUCUUCAUCUGAUGUAUACCACUUGUAUCAUAUAUAGUAUUUUUCUCCUUUCUACUUGUCUCUCUUCGCCUUUGAUCCACCUUUUCUAGAAUACUUACUGGCUUUUGUGUCAAUAUGAG